AUGGAGUUUCUUAUUUUACAUGGUGCAAAUAUCAAUGAAAAAGAUAAAUAUGGGAAAACAGCUCUUCAUUAUGCAGCUAAUAAAAAUAGUAAAGAAAUUGUUGAACUCCUUAUAUCACAUGGUGCAAAUAUCAACGAAGGAGAUAAAGAAGAGAAAACAGCUCUUCAUUAUGCAGCAAGAACAAAUAGUAAAGAAAUAGUUGAGCUUCUUAUUUCACAUGGUGCAAAUAUCAAUGAAAAAGAUGAAUUUGGAGAAAUAGCUCUUCAUAUUGCAGCACAUUUUAAUUUUAAUGAAAUUGUCGAAUUCCUAAUUUCACAUGGUUCAAAUAUUAAUGAAAAAAAAAUAAUAGAGGAGAAAUCGCUCUUCAUUAUGCAGUAG